AUGGCCACUCGACCUCUCAUCUCUCUGCAACUCCUUUCAUCAUCUUUCUUAAACCCAACUCCGAAAUUUCUCUUUUUACCCAAUUUCUCCACUAAAAAAUUGGAACUUUGUAGACAUCACCACAAAACCAACAAAUGCUCAAGGACAAGUGUUCACUGCUCGUCUAAUCUCAUAAUCAACCCUUCGGUUCUCUUCCUAAGCGGCUUCGAUGGCGGUGGAUUCGUCGAUACACAAACCUUCAUUGUCACCAUCAGUCUCGUCGUUGCCAUUGCCCUCUCUCUCUUCCUCGGCUUCAAGGGAGACCCAGUUCCGUGUGAGAGAUGUGGUGGAAAUGGUGGAACGAAAUGUGUUUUCUGUCAAGAAGGUAAGAUGAAGGUGGAAUCUGGAAUGGUUAACUGCAAAGUUUGUAAAGGCUCAGGUUUGAUUUUCUGCAAGAAAUGUGGAGGUUCUGGAUAUUCUCGCCGUUUAUAG